CAGAACAAGGAGAAGCUGGAGAAGCUGCGAGUGGCAGGAGAGCAAUUUUGCACCCGGUUGGGGCGAUACCGCAUGCCAUUUGCCUGGACUGCCAUCCACCUCAUGAACAUAAUUAGCACUACUGGGAUCCUUGAGAGGGAUGCUUCAGACUCUGAAAACGAGCGCAAAGGUACCUGGAAUGAGCGCAAGAGGAAAGCCUAUGGACGGCUGAGUGUUGGGGAGGAGAUGUGCAGCUUUAGCAACUUCCGUCCAGCCACCCUCACAAUCACCAAUUUUUUCAAACAG